AUGCGCUACAAGCGAGAGUGCGUUGCUGUGCCGUGUGCGGAUAAUGCUGAGGGUGACUUGCCUGGAGACGAGCGAGUGCACUCGGCGGAGAGAAUCCGAAAUCUUGAAUUCAUUGCUCGUCACUAUUCGGAUGAUGAUUCUCUCUCAGAUGAGACCCUACGACGGAUCGUGUUAAGCCUCAAGAAUGAGCCGAACGGUGCAGACGCUCCACAACGUCUCCAAGAUGAAGAGGAACUUACUCUGGACCAGGAACGCUUCACAGUCAAAGCGCUGUCGCACAGCGUUGCUCAUUACUCCGGUGAGCUAUCUCACUGGAAUUUCUCGGAGCGUGUUCGAGCGCAAGCGAACAAGCGCUUGAGCAAUGUCACGCCCGUGGGCAAUCAGCAACAGUCCAACACUGUUCUGGAAUACUGGCGUGUGAAUCAUCUCAAGAGCAGGAGUACGGCCAUUAAGCAGCUCAUGGCUGGUCUCCCGCCAAAACCGGUCGCGCUGUACUUGGUCAAAGUGUAUUUCCAACAUGCUCAGAUAAAUACAUUCUUCGUCGAGGAAGCCUGGGUCCUGGCAAAGCUUGAUGUCAUGUAUGGUAGUGGCGAGGCGUUAUGUGGCGACGACGCAGCAUGGCUGUGCACGAUACUGGGCGUUCUCGCGGUUGGAACCGAGUUUGUUCACAUGGAGGGCAAUUCCGAGCAGACGAUAGCGAUGGGGGACAGCAAUGGGAGUUCGGCUGCCGUCGCCGCAGGCGUUUCUCUUUACAAAUCGGCAGCAGAGCUGGUUCCCGAUGUUAUCACAAUAGCUUCGGUCGAGAGCGUACAGGCUUUCUUAUCUCUAGCACACUACGCCCUGCCAUUGGAUGCACAUGGAUUGGCGUAUACUUAUCUGGGUCUGGCCCUGAAGAUGGCGGUACAAAAUGGUAUGCACCGCAAAUACAUUGGAAACCUAGGCCCUGAGAUGGUGGAUCUGAGGAACCGGCUGUGGUGGACGGCAUACAGGCUUGAGAAACGCGUGAGCAUUCUCCACGGCAGACCGGCUUCCAUCUCCUCCAGCGAAAUCGACGCUGAGUACCCUUCAGACGUCAUCCUAGGAACCAUAAACACAUCGAGGGUAUUGGAGAAUGCCAUGACAAAGAUUACAGAUUGGCUAGGGGACAUUGCGGUAAUCAUCCAUAUGCUUCGCCGGAGUCCGAGGCAUCUCCGUCGCGCAUAUUUUGAACGGAUGAUGCAGGUCCGUCACAGGUAUGUGCAGUGGUGGCAAAAUGCAAAUUUCCCAGCGCCGGCGUCGAGUCCUCGCGCGAUUGCCCAUAUCCAUAUGUCCCACCACCUGAAUCUUAUCUUCCUUGGCCGACCGUUCAUAUUCCAUUCACAACGACCAAAUCCACCGGGCGAAAGCAUAGACAGCGCCGGUUCUCCCCACGAUCAAAUUGCUAAGCUCGUCCACGAUGCAGUAGACUCCGCCGAGCAAAUCGUCAACAUAGCAUCGGGCCUUCGCGCUGGCGUCGGAUUGGCUAGGUCCAGCUACAUGGAGUUUUCUUCCUGCAGGGCAGCUGUUCUUGUGCUUUUGGCACAAUGUCUCAACGAGCAGUCUAGCAAAGAGCUUCGCGUCAAGCUUGCGGAUGGCAUGAGGUUGAUCAAGCACAUGGCACCUGCCAAUGAAAGUACUGCGUCCGAGGCAUCCCUCAUCAUCGCAGUUGAAGCUGCUAUCCGGCAGCUUGAUUCUCGUAGAGAGGCCAGGACCAGCGAUGAAAUUCCAAGAUCCCAAGACAACUUUUCAAGCUUCAUGGAAUGGGCCACAGGGUUUCAGAACGACGACAGCAGCCGCAUCCCAGCCUUGCCAGCGGACAAUGGCAGCUCCAAGACUUCGACGCGAACCUGUGAGAUCCAGGAAACCUUUGCGGAAGUUGGAUGGAGUCCUCUAGAUCUUUCGAUAUUGGAAGGCGAGCCAGGAUCUGCAGGCUUUGACUCUUACCACUUCGAAGAUGCGUUCAGCAUUGCUCAUACCGGGGAAGGCGAACUGUUUGGUGAAUCUUCCGCAUGGCAGUGA